CCCUUCCCCCGCUCGGCGGCACCGGCGCGUUCGGGCCGCCGGGACCGGCCCGGGCCCGCUCCGAACCGCCCGCUCCGGGCCCCGCUCCUGCCCGCCGCACCGCGCCCGGCCCCGCUCCGGGCCCCCACACCCGGCCCCGCAGCGGCGCCCCCUCGCCCCGGCCCUUCCCGGCUCGCCGAGGCCGAGAGCGGGCCCGCCGGGCCCCCGGCGCGCUCGGGCCCGGGCGGAGGCGGAGGGGCCGCGCUCCUCCCUGGCCGCCCCCGCCAUGGCCGACAACGAGAAGCUGGACAACCAGCGCCUCAAGAACUUCAAGAACAAAGGCCGCGACCUGGAGACUAUGAGAAGACAAAGAAAUGAAGUGGUCGUGGAGUUGAGAAAGAACAAAAGAGAUGAGCAUCUCCUAAAGAGAAGGAAUGUUCCCCAUGAAGAUAUCUGUGAGGAUUCUGAUAUUGAUGGGGACUUCAGAGUGCAAAACACUUCUUUGGAGGCAAUAGUACAGAAUGCUUCAAGUGACAACCAGGGUAUUCAGUUAAGUGCUGUGCAGGCAGCAAGGAAGCUGCUGUCCAGUGACCGCAACCCACCCAUCGACGACCUAAUCAAAUCAGGAAUAUUACCCAUCCUAGUGCACUGUCUUGAAAGAGAUGACAAUCCUUCCUUGCAGUUUGAAGCUGCGUGGGCCCUGACGAACAUCGCCUCUGGAACCUCGGAGCAAACCCAGGCUGUAGUUCAAUCCAAUGCUGUGCCGCUUUUCCUGAGACUGCUGCAUUCACCUCAUCAAAAUGUCUGUGAGCAAGCAGUGUGGGCUUUAGGAAAUAUCAUAGGUGACGGACCCCAGUGUAGAGAUUACGUCAUUAGCCUUGGAGUAGUGAAGCCGCUGCUGUCCUUCAUCAGCCCCUCCAUCCCCAUCACCUUCCUCAGGAACGUCACCUGGGUGAUGGUGAACCUGUGCCGCCACAAGGACCCCCCUCCGCCCAUGGAGACCAUCCAGGAGAUCCUGCCAGCGCUCUGUGUUCUGAUUCACCACACCGAUGUAAAUAUCCUGGUGGACACAGUCUGGGCACUGUCCUAUCUGACGGACGCUGGCAACGAGCAGAUCCAGAUGGUGAUAGACUCUGGCAUUGUCCCUCACCUGGUUCCUCUCCUCAGCCACCAGGAAGUCAAAGUCCAGACGGCUGCGCUGAGGGCUGUGGGGAACAUCGUCACCGGCACCGAUGAGCAGACACAGGUGGUUCUCAACUGUGAGGCUCUCUCACAUUUCCCAGCACUUCUGACACAUCCCAAAGAAAAAAUUAAUAAGUAUUUGGUUGAAGCUGGUAACAGCCUGAGGAGUCUUGUGGAGCCUCCUGAGGAAGCAGUGUGGUUCCUAUCUAACAUCACUGCAGGAAACCAGCAGCAAGUUCAGGCAGUAAUAGAUGCAAACCUUGUUCCAAUGAUAAUCCAUCUUCUAGAUAAGGGGGAUUUUGGGACUCAGAAAGAAGCUGCUUGGGCAAUAAGCAACUUAACAAUCAGUGGGAGAAAAGACCAGGUGGCUUACUUAAUUCAACAAAAUGUAAUUCCUCCCUUCUGCAACUUGCUGACAGUAAAAGAUGCACAAGUUGUGCAGGUGGUUCUGGAUGGACUAAGUAAUAUAUUAAAAAUGGCUGAAGAGGAAGCAGAAACCAUAGCCAACCUUAUAGAAGAGUGUGGAGGCCUGGAGAAAAUUGAACAGCUACAAAACCAUGAAAAUGAAGACAUCUACAAACUGGCUUAUGAGAUCAUUGACCAGUUCUUCUCCUCAGAUGAUAUUGAUGAAGAUCCAAGCCUUGUUCCAGAAGCGAUCCAAGGCGGAACAUUUGGUUUCAAUUCAUCUGCCAAUGUACCAGCAGAAGGGUUCCAGUUUUAGAGUGGUAUUUUGGAAGUUUAGGUACAAUGCAGCACUGAAUAAAAAAAAAAAAAAGGUUUGAUCCAUCAAUCUUGGCUCAUGGGAUCCGCUGCUGCAUUAAAUCGGGAAAGUAAAUGUGAAGAUUUCAUUUGGAAUCACAGAAAAGCCCAAAUGAAGUCAAGAUGGCGAGUGGGUGCGAGUGAGAAUGAGUGGCAAAAUGUAAUGACAAACUUCACACUGAAUGCUUCUUUAGAUUGUUCAAAGCAAAAGGGCUCCAGGUCACAGAUCUCCAGUGCCUGAGAAGGAACAGCGGCCUCCCGAGCAGCGGGGCCGCGUUCUCUCAUCAUCAGCCUCGUCAGCAUCGGAGCCGGGGUGCGCAGAGCGCAGGGAGAGCAGCGCAGGCCUUGCUCUGCAGCCCCGUGUGGAUGGAAUGGCAGCGUGGGUGAGUGUCUGCAGCCCUGGCCCGGCGGCAGAGGCGUGCCUGUGAUGUGUCUGUGAGCGUGCGAGCUUGAGUCGCCUCCAGGGGCUGAGAAACCUGAGAUCAUCCAAUGAGUUCACAAGUGUCGACUUACACUGGACACACCGAGACCGGUUUAGCAGCAGACUCUGGUUUACUCCUGCAGCCUGUGUUUUCCUCUAUAUUUUUUUUUGUUUUGUUUUGUUUUAUUUUAAUUUUUUUCCCCUCUUCUUUUUUUUUUUUUUUCUUUCAGUUCUUUUUAAUUUCUUUUUUCCUGUUACAGCUUCUUAGUUGUUUGUAAAGUCAGAAUUUCAGGAAGGCUUCCCUGUGCAUUUGCACCAGAUGAAUGUUUGAUGUUAUGAAAAGCUUUUCCAUAUCAUCAAAACUAAUUUGUAGAUUUUUGCAUGGAAAAAAAACCAAACAAAAAAAAAAAAGAAAAUCAUCCAUUUCCCUUCAAACUAGACUGUGUUGCAGUACACAAGUUGCCAUAAUAGUAGAAAGCAGUAAAAAUGUGGUAAUAAAAGCUCAUCCUUUUCAUUUUCAAAGAUAACACGAAGACCUUUGCAUGUGGUAAUCUCCAGCAUAGUUCAUUUUUAGAUUUCGUUGAGUCCUGUAACCAAAAUGUUUCUGUUGUGGUAGGAUACCGUGCUGUGUUUCAAUGUUACUUGUUUUCAAACUUUGUUUUCUAUGAAAAUGAUAUGGAAACGUCUAAAAAUGAAAUUUGGUGCAUAUGUACUGCUGAAUAAAGAGCGAAAAAAAGAGGUGUGAAUAGAUGUACAAAUCAAGUCAUGGUUUGAACACCUUUAAUAUGCCUAAUCCAAUUGUUUUAGACUCUUUUUAUCUUAGAUGUAGGCAGCCAUGAACAAUCUAUUUUGAGCCACUUUAGAGAGAAAAAAAAAACAAAAAAACUUUGUAUUUUUAAAACUUGCACAAAAAGGCUGCAAGUGUUUUUAUAAUUGGAGGAAUGCCUCAGUUUUGAGGUCGUGCACACUAAAUUCAAGGUGAUGUUACAAAUUUGUACAAACUGAACUCUUGAUAAGGUGGCUCAUUGUAGGAAAUGCUGUGCCUUCCCCUUUGAGCACAAGUGUUGCAUGAACAACAGUUUGCUAUAAUAAAACAUCCCAGGUUAGCCACCAUUAGCAUCUAUAUCUACCUUGUGUUUUCAAAUCAGCUGGUAAUUCUGAAACACUGUAGAAUGGAUAAAGAUUAUUUUGUGAUCAUAACUCUUUGUUGGACUAGAGUAUUUUUGCAGCAUUCCUUGUCAUCAGAAACAUGGUUAAAAGUUUAAAACUAGAAGCAGCGGAAAUCUAGCUUGUGAAUUUAUCCAAGUAGAGUGCAGGCUAGGCUGUCUUGGGGAAAUAAACAUUAAAACUUGCAA